AUGAUGAAUGCUGAGGACCAAAUUCUAUCAAUAGAGUUGUUGCAAGAUCAAGGUAUUAAUGCAAGUGAUAUUACCAAGCUUAAAAUGGCAGGUAUUCAUUCUAUUGCAACAAUUUUAUCAACCACAAGAAGAAACCUUAUUAAGAUUAAAGGAUUAAGUGAAAUAAAAGUCGAAAAGAUCAAAGAAGCAGCUGGUAAAAUUAAAGUAAUUGCAGAACAAAGAGAAAAUGUAUUUACAAUUUCAACAGGAUCAAAACAAUUUGAUGAAAUAUUAGGUGGUGGUAUUACAUCAAUGAGUAUAACAGAAGUAUUUGGAGAAUAUAGAUGUGGUAAAACUCAAUUAUGUCAUACAUUAUGUGUUUCAGCUCAAUUAAGUAAAGAAUUAGGUGGUGCAGAAGGUAAAGUUGCAUAUAUUGAUACUGAAGGUACUUUCAGACCAGAUAGAAUUAAAUCAAUAGCAGAAAGAUUUGAAGUUGAUCCUCAAACAUGUUUAGAAAAUAUUGCAUAUGCAAGAGCUUUAAAUAGUGAACAUCAAGUUGAAUUAAUUGAACAAUUAGGUAAUGAAUUAUCAAAUGGUCAAUAUAGAUUAUUAAUUAUUGAUUCUAUAUUAGCAUGUUUUAGAGUUGAUUAUUCAGGUAGAGGUGAAUUAAAUGAAAGACAACAAAAAUUAAAUCAACAUUUAGCUUAUUUAACAAGAUUAUCAGAAGAUUAUAAUAUUGCAAUUUUUUUAACAAAUCAAGUUCAAAGUGAUCCUGGUGCAAGUUCAUUAUUUGCUGCUGCUGAUGGUAGAAAACCAGUGGGAGGUCAUGUUUUAGCUCAUGCUUCUGCUACAAGAAUAUUAUUAAGGAAAGGUAGAGGGGAAGAAAGAGUUGGUAAAUUAAUGGAUAGUCCAAAUAUGCCUGAAAAAGAAUGUGUUUAUGUUAUUAGUGAAGGUGGAAUAAAAGAUUCAGAAUGA